GGGACUCUAGCAUAGUUCUGGGUUUAAAGGUAAGGUCUGGUCAUGUAUUAUCUGUAGUUAGGACAAGCUGUCACUGUGUUCAGUUUCAGUUCAGUUCUCUGACACUCUUAAGACUUUAAGCUGUCAAUGGAGCUGUGACACAUGACUAGGUAUAUGUGCAGACCACUCUUAUACUAUUAGGCAAAAAAAAGUUCAAUCAAGAACCCUAAAGGGACUCAAUGUUUCUAUCUAGAAUCUUACAGCAGUGCUUCUCUAAAAUAGGAAACUAGGAAUCCUUAACUAUACAUUUUCCUAAGAGUUUCUAUCUUUGGGUCUACUUUGUAUUUAAUUACACUGCUUCAGAUCAUCGCUGGAUAUUAUGUCCUCCUGUCCUCUAUUCAGAUGUUUCCUUGGACUGCUACAUUCAUUCUGGAGCCCCAGUGUCCUAGUCAGCGCUCGCCUGCUGAGAUGGUGACCCACACACUCAUGCAGGAGCUGGGCUCUUUGCUGAAGCGCACCAAGCGUUUAUGUCAGGAGAGGGCAGCCGAGAUUCGCAGACGCAGCUCCUGUGUGGACUACAGCUGGCUAGCAGUGACACAACAGAAGCCCUCAUACGAGAUCAUGCCUGGAGAGCUACUAGAGCUUCAGGAACUCUGCUUAAAGAUCCCUCCCUCUCAGUGUGGCCCUGUAAUUCUCAGACUCAGGAAGUUGGUAUCAGAGUUGGAACCGGAGGUGACAGAGGUGCCGCAACUCUUCCGCCUGGUACUGUGUGACUGUCUGGACGAGCAGCAUGAAGACUUAACAUUCAGGGAGAGAUCUCUGCGGGCUCGAGCCAUCUUCUGGAGCCAGCAUCGUAGUAAGAGCGUCUUCUCUAUUGGCCUGUCCUCACACCAGUGUCUCAAAAACCACUGGAGCAAAGGUGAAGCUGGGCAGGACAGAGAGACGCUGUGUGAAGAGGAUCAGGCCUGGGCCAAGGAUGAAGAGCUCGGAGUGGUGGUCCCACUUCGCCGGAGAGUCAGGAGCAUGCCCGAUUUCAGUUCCAUAGAGGAGAGUGCACAAACCUGACAAAAUUAUGGCGGGCAAUAUAUAUGUACAUAUACACACUGAUAUAAUGAUAAUGAUAAUAUCAGAGAAAGUGAAAAAAAAAAUGAGUGCAUACUCACUUUCAUACUUCUUUGGCUGUGGUGCAAAUGUACAUAAAAAGACUUUACAUCCUCUCCUGAUUUAUCAACAAUACUAUGUGAAAUUCAAUCACAAUUUACUUGAGUCAAACAAUUCCUUAAAAUAUUUUUUUUUGCAAAUAGCAAAAUAAAACACGUCUGUAAGCAUUUUAAAUGAAGGCAGUUUAAUUCAAAUUAAUAUUAUUAAUAUUAAUAUUAUACUGAUGCACAGUUACUUAAUACCUACAGAAUAUAGAA